AUGGAAAACGACUUAAAGGAAGAACUGAAUAGAAGAAUGAGAGCAGCAUGGGCAGCAUUCGCAGCCGUCAGAGAAGCUACGGACCAACUGACGGACCAAGAUCUUCGUGCCCAUCUGUUCCACUCGACAGUUCUCCCAGCGCUCUAUUACGCAGCGGAGACGUGGGCAGACACCGCUGCCACGUCUAGGAAGCCACCUACUAUCCACAGAGCCCUUGAGAGAUGUCUUCUGAAGUUUAACCGGCGCACACAACACCUAGCCGAUCUUCGCAGCUCCGACUUAAGAGGAAUGUCUCGUCUUCGCGACCUAGCGGAACAUGUGUCGAAAGCAAAACAUAGAUGGGCCGGUCACAUCAUGAGGAGAAUCGACGAUAGGUGGACUAAAAGAACGCUAGAGUGGAUCCCAAGAGAUGCUAAACGGCCUCGAGGGAGACCGCCAACGAGAUGA